UCUGAUGUGUAUUUAAUCUUCUGUUGUGAAGACGAAAUGUAUUUUAAAAACAAUUCAGAUCAUUUUUUUACUUAAAAUUAUGAGCUAAGUGCUCUUUAAUGAUAUCGUUAAAAGUAAACUUAUUCAAUUUCACCUUGCAUUCGUAAACAAAUUGGAACCCUGCGUCCAAGCCAGCAUCCAAGCUUUGAGCAUGUCGACUAAACGACCUGCUCCACAGGAUGGUUCAUCUCAGAAUUCUUCUAAACGAGUUCAUUUUGAACCUUGCCGCAUAGGUCCUGUAUCAACGCAGGAGGAAAUGGACAUGAAAGUACUACAAUUCCAAAAUCGUAAACUCACCGAACGAUUGGAGCAACGACAGCGCCAAGAAGGAGAUUUACGCCAGAGAAUCGAGCAGUUAGAAAAGCGACAGACAAGUGAUGAAGCAGUUUUAUGUGUAGUCAAUCGUUAUUGGAAUCAGCUUAAUGAGGAUCUUCGAAUUCUUUUGCAAAGAUUUGAUGCCGAAACAUCUGAUGAAUAUGAAAACAGAAAUGAAAAUGAAGCUACCACCUCCUUUCUUGCCCUUUUGGGCCAGUGGGAUCGGGAGGAACUGGAGGAGAAGUUGGCCCAACGAGUCCAAGUAUCAACGAGAGCAGUGGCUAAAGUGCUACAGGCUUUUGACAGGAUCGUGCAAAGAAACCAUAAAAUCAUGCUUGCUCUAAAAGGCGAUCCAACUUCUGAUGAGGAAAUUCCCAGUUUGGACGAUGCUGUUCGUCAAGCUAAUGUGGAACUACAAAAUGAAAAUAAAAAUUUACACUUGUUGGUGACAGGACUUCACGAGAAACAUCAUCAGAUGAAUUUAAAGUUUGCCGAAAUGAAUGAUAAACUGGCUGCUCAGGAGAUCGCUAAUGCCGAAUUGAAGAAUCACAUUGAGGAUCUUGAGUAUGAUUUAUCCAAAACAAAACUGCGAGAGGAGAAAUUGGACAUGCAUUUGUCUGAGUGUCUGACCAAACUGAAGUCUUACAACCUUACAGACAGCGAUGGGAGACCACCCAUAAGCACAGUCACUCAAGCAAAGAUGGAAGAUUUGCAAAAGGAACUUGAAGAGCAGAAGGAAUUGGCUAGCAAUCGCUUAAUGGAGCUUGAAACAUUGAAUACCCAGCAUAAAGAAGCUUUAAAACUAGUUGAAAAGCUAAAAAUGGAUCUUCAGUGUUUGCCAGAGAGUGUUGUUGUAGAAACAACUGAAUACAAAUGCCUACAGUCGCAGUUUUCUGUGCUUUAUAAUGAGAGCAUGCAGUUGAAAACUCUGCUGGAGGACACAAGGAAUUUGAUGGCCAAUAGCAAGAAUACCCAUUUGCGUCAAAUUGAACAAAUGGAGAGUGAAGAAUUGGUGAUGCAAAAGAAAUUGAGAACUGAAGUCAUACAGUUAGAAGAUGCCUUGGCUCAAGUUCGCAAAGAAUAUGAAAUGUUGCGAGUUGAGUUUGAGCAGAAUUUGGCUGCUAAUGAACAAACCGGUCCAAUCAAUCGAGAAAUGCGUCAUCUGAUUACUAGCUUACAAAAUCACAAUCAUCAGCUGAAAGGAGAAGUCAUGAGGUAUAAAAGAAAACUGAAAGAAGUUACGGCAGAAUUAAUCAAGUUACAGCCUCUUGUUAAUUCUAAUGAAACUACCACAAAUGCCAAAGAGGAACCUCCUAGUGUAUCUUCCGGGUCCACCAACUGUCCUUCUUCAAAUGCAACCCCUAAGGAGGACAUGACUCCCAAGAAAGAAAAAGAUGAUGACCACUACCGGGAAGAUGAAGGUUCAGACAUCCGAGAGAAAGGGAAAUCAGAUGCUGAGAUAAUUAGAGACCUCAAAGCACAGUUAAAAAAAUCACAAGAAGCUCAGAAAGAAUUGAAGUUACUUUUAGAUAUGUAUAAAGGUGCUCCCAAAGAACAAAGAGACAAAGCUCAGUUGAUGGCUGCAGAAAAAAAAGCUCGUUCAGAAGUGGAAGAAUUACGAAGUCAGAUCAAAAGAAACCUGGACAAUGAGAGAAAAGAGAGGCGGAAACUAGCAGAUGAAGAGGCACUAAAAAAAAUAAAGAGCCUGGAAGAUCAAUUGCAAGCACUUCAAAAGAGUUUAACAACUCAGAAGCAGGAUCAGUGUUUUCUCUCUUUGAAGGAAGAAGAGACGCUUCUGAACGAGAUGGAUAUCACUGGGCAGGCAUUUGAAGACAUGCAGGAACAGAACCUACGCCUCAUCCAGCAGUUGCGGGAGAAAGACGAUGCCAACUUCAAACUUAUGUCGGAACGUAUCAAGUCAAACCAGAUACAUAAACUGCUGAGAGAAGAAAAGACUGUAUUAUCAGAUCAGGUGACGACCCUCAAGAAUCAAGUGGAUGCUCAAAACCAGGUGGUCAGGAAGCUGGAAGAGAAGGAACGUCUUCUGCAAACUAAUGUAGCUACUGUGGAAAAAGAACUAAGUUUACGGCAACAAUCCUCAGAAAUGCAGAAGCGCAAGUCAAUUGAGAGUGCGCAGUCUGCAGCGGACUUGAGGCUCCAUUUAGAGAAAUAUCUGUCCCACCUAAAGGAGGUUCAGAACACAGUAGCUGAGAAGACCAGUGCAGUUCAGCAAGAAGCUUUCAAAACGAAGCGACUUCAGGAAGAAAUCAUUAGCUUAAGAAGAAAAGUGGAAAGAGGAAAAAAAUUCGAACUUGCUUCUACGGCCGAUGAAGUCUUGAUGGAAGAAGUCCGAGAAUAUAAAGAACAAUUGACCUGUCCAUCAUGCAAAGUGAAGAGAAAAGAUGCGGUGCUCACAAAGUGCUUCCACGUAUUCUGCUUCGAUUGCCUGAAGACUCGCUAUGAGACAAGGCAAAGGAAGUGCCCAAAAUGUAACGCCAACUUUGGCGCCAACGAUUUCCAUCGCUUGUAUCUGGCAUAAAAAAGAUUUCUACUUUGGAAAUAAUAUUUUGUGGAUCCAUUGGUGAAUAACUUAUUGGGUUGAAAUGUUUAUUGUAUCACAAAUUUUCAUGUGAGCGCCUUUACUUCAUGUUGCAUUUGCUUAUGUUUCAUGCUGCGUUGUACCAUGUAUAGCCUAUAUUUAUUUGUUAUAAAUUUGUUUACAUAGCAUUUCCACAUGCAUGGUUUUGUAAAAAGGGAAGGGAAAUGAAGGACAAAAAUCAUAUGUAUCUUUAUUAAUCAUUUCAUGUUUUUAUGUGCAAAAAUCAUUAAUCGUUCUUAUUCUGCAUCAUUAUUGUAAUUUCAUUAAACAUUUAAAAUUAUUAGUUUUACAGCACAUUUUGAUACCAUAGCAUUUAUUUUCACAUAUUCAUUUUGAUAUGAAUUAAGAUGCUUGUUUGAUCCUGUUUGUAAAUAGAUCAGUUUUGUAUUUAUUGAACCUGAUUUGGAAAAGAAUUUUAAUAAUUAAAAAUUUUAU